AUGGCUCAAAACCUAUUGCAAGAUUCCAAGGCUUGGGGAUCUUUAUCAAAGCUGCUGCCACCUCGCAACUCCGAUGAAGACUUCUGGUGGAAAAAGACGGGGCCGCAUCUAGCGGCAAUGCUAGAAGCCGCUCAAUAUUCUCCGGAAAGGCAGUACGAUGCGCUGUUAUUUCAUUAUCAUUGGAUUGUACCAUACUUAGGCAAAGCCCUUGAUACAUUCAGCGAAAGGCAGUGGUCCUCUGUGUUGGGGGUUGAAGGCUUGCCAAUAGAGUAUUCCUGGAAAUGGAACAGCGCUACGAAGAAGCCAGAAGUUCGAUACGGUGUUGAGCCUAUUGGCCGCUUCAGUGGCACCGAGCUAGACCCGUUAAACCACGAUGCAACGCGUGAGCUUCUACAUCGGCUUAAGGUUGCGAUACCGUCACUCGAUACUAGUAUGGUGGAUCACUUUGUAUCGACCUUUUACGAUGCCAAUAGGUUCGAAUAUGCCCAGCAAACUAAAGCAGGUGUACCUACCUCGACAACAUUAAUGAUAGCUGUCGAAUUCAAGGGCGUACAACCAAUGUUGAAAACAUACAUUCUUCCGCGCAAGUUGGGUCAGACCCUCGGACGCAUUCCUAUGUCUUUGUUUAAAGACAGUUUAAGUAUAUUGGACUUCAAAAGUGCAGCUCAGCAAUCUGUGUACGAUUUUCUGGAGUCGAAUACAGAAGGAAGAUUGCUAAAUGUAUUCCUAGUAGCCGUAGACAAUGUCGCUCCAGUCGAGUCACGGCUCAAGCUCUAUUGUCACACGCCACGUACCAAUUUCAAGUCUGUACGGGAAAUAAUGACUCUUGGCGGACGUAUUGACGUCCCGGAAGCCAAGUUCCAAGAUUUAAAAACUCUAAUUGCUUCGGCGACGGGGUUGACUCCGGACUUCGCCGAAGAUGCAGAAAUACCACUCCGGGCCCAGCACAAGAAUGUCGAGGUUGCAUUUGCUGAUAUGCCGAUAUUGCUGCAUGGUAUGAUGUAUUAUUUUGAUAUUGGCGCUAGGGGUACACUUCCAGACGUCAAACUCUAUCUUCUGGUAAGGAAUUACGGACCUGGCGAUAACAGCUUAGCCGAUGGUAUUACGGCUUGGAUGAAGCAGCAUGGCAGAGGCCAAUACUGUGAAGGCUAUGUCUCUAUGGUCCACGAACUUUGCGAGAAGAAACAGCUCGACGGGAGCAGAUCGAUACAAACUUAUAUCAGCUGCAUGUUUAAGAAGGACGGCGAGCUCGAGAUAACUUCAUAUCUAGCCCCCGAAAUUCUGGCGGAGACGGAAGGCACUUUGCAACAGAAAGACAUCGCUAUUAGAACAAGAUCAACACUGCGCCGAGGUAGUAAUUAA